AACUCCCAGUUCAAAUAUCCACAACUUCUCUUACUCUUUUUCUCCCUCCCAAGUCCCAACUUACACACACAACACAUACUGAAAUUCCCCUGCUGCAAGCCUGCAACACACUCUCUGCUGCCCGGAGUUUCAAUGGCGGUGGCAGAGUUAACCCCUUCUUCUUCAUCAUAUACGAAAACUGCCCUUCAUUAUUCAUCACAAUUCUCAUACGUAUCAGCCCGCGUUUCCAGCCGCCGUCGUGUUUACCUGAAACCCCAGAUAUCAAGAAUCAGCUGCUCUGUGACUUCCAAUGAAGUUCAAGCCCCGGUAGCAGCGAAAACAGUGGAACUCAAGAAGAAACCCGAUUGUUUUGGGGUCUUCUGUCUCACUUAUGAUCUCAAAGCUGAAGACGAAACAAAAUCCUGGAAGAAAUUGAUUAACAUUGCUGUCUCAGGUGCUGCAGGGAUGAUAUCCAAUCAUCUUCUCUUCAAACUUGCUUCUGGCGAAGUUUUCGGACCAGAUCAACCUAUUGCAUUAAAAUUAUUGGGAUCUGAACGGUCAUUCCAAGCACUUGAAGGAGUUGCAAUGGAACUCGAGGACUCACUGUUUCCUUUAUUGAGGGAAGUGAGUAUCGGCAUCGAUCCUUACGAAGUGUUCCAAGAUGCAGAAUGGGCGCUCUUGAUUGGAGCAAAGCCCCGUGGCCCUGGAAUGGAGAGGGCUGACUUACUUGACAUAAAUGGGCAGAUAUUUGCAGAACAGGGAAAAGCACUCAAUGCUGUCGCGUCGCGCAAUGUGAAAGUGAUGGUCGUCGGCAACCCUUGCAAUACCAAUGCAUUGAUCUGUUUGAAAAAUGCUCCAGAUAUUCCCGCAAAAAAUUUUCAUGCUUUGACUAGGUUAGAUGAAAAUAGAGCAAAAUGUCAGCUGGCCCUGAAGGCAGGAGUCUUUUACGACCAAGUAUCGAACGUGACCAUCUGGGGAAACCACUCGACAACUCAGGUUCCCGACUUCUUAAAUGCUAAAAUCAACGGCUUACCCGUCAAAGAAGUUAUCAAAGAUACUAAGUGGUUAGAAGAAGAGUUCACAGAAAAGGUCCAGAAGAGAGGCGGCGUCCUUAUUCAGAAAUGGGGAAGGUCAUCGGCAGCAUCAACUGCAGUCUCGAUUGUCGAUGCAAUAAGGUCUCUUGUAACUCCUACACCUGAGGGAGAUUGGUUUUCGUCAGGAGUGUACACUGCUGGAAAUCCUUAUGGUAUAGCAGACGGUAUUGUCUUCAGUAUGCCAUGCAGAUCUAAAGGGGACGGUGAUUAUGAACUUGUCAAGGAUGUGAUAUUUGAUGACUACCUUUGGAGUCGAAUCAAGAAGACGGAAGCAGAGCUGCUUGCUGAGAAGAAAUGUGUAGCCCAUCUUACAGGAGAGGGUAUUGCUGUGUGUGAUCUUCCUGGAGAUACAAUGCUUCCAGGAGAAAUGUAAAGCAACUCCCAUCAGUGUAUACAAUAAUGGGGGCAAUUGGAGCUUCCAUGCCACAAAUUUUCAACUCGUUUCAUCCAUGCGUCUUUCUUGUAUAAUGUAAUGUAACAUUAAGUGUCACUGGCUUCAUAAGUAUAUUACAUUAUGAUGUUGUGAUGGUAGUAGUAUGCAUUCCGAGGGGAUCAUGCUAGCAUCAUCGUGUCUAUUAACUUGUUAACUCUAGGUGAAUGAAUGAAAAACAUUUUUACGUUCUUAGAAUUAA